GGCAAACACAGCCUUCCCACUUAUUUUACCAGUCCCGUCUUCUUUCACUCUUCCAGUUCUCCCCGAAAUUCGCUGGCAGGGCUUCAUCGACACCAAAAACCCUAGUAAUAUCUUACUGCUGAUCAUGUUUUUCAAUUCUCGUGCUUCUCUGUGAAUUCUUCGAUCAAUCUCUGGAACUGUUCUAGCCACUUUAAGUUUUCCUGCACAGUUGUAUGUGCCUUGGCCCUUGAGAACCGAUAACAUACCUCUGAGUUGAUAUGGGUUUUGAUAUUGAGUGCAUAAUUGACAUCCACACUUAUCCUGGAGAGUAUUUCUGUCCAGUUUGCCGUACUCUCGUAUACCCAAAUGAAGCACUCCAAUCACAAUGCACUCAUCUCUAUUGCAAAGCUUGUUUGGCACAUGUUUCUAAUGGGGACAAGGCAUGUCCAUAUGAUGGGUAUUUAGUUCUCGAAGCACAUUCCAAGCCUCUCAUUGAAACAAACAAGGUUCUUGCCGAGAAUAUAGGAAAAGUCAAAGUGCGCUGUCUGUUUCAUAAAAGCGGAUGUACAUGGGAGGGAAUUUUAUCUGAAUGUACCUCACAUUCUUCUGGUUGUGCUUUUGGGAAUUCCCCAGUUAUAUGCAACAGAUGUGGAGUGCAAAUUGUGCAUCGGCAAGGUGUAUAUCCAUCACAGCAGGUUGCAGAAGUUAAUUCUGUCUCUCAAUCAGGAGCACCAGCUACACCUGCAACUACUGCUGCUGCCGGUGUUGACCCAAAUAAACAAGCUGCUCAACCUAUAUCAUCAGCUUCUCAGGUUCAGAAUCCACAGGUUAAUGCUGCUCCUGUGGUUCCUGGGCAAGAUCUCAACCAGCAAGCUAAUGUCAAUUCCCAGGCUCCACUUGCUGUGGCAACUUCUGAACAAUGGUACCAACAACAGUAUCAGCAAUACUAUCAGCAGUAUGCUGGAUAUGACCCUUACCAGCAAUCUUAUCAACAGUACUAUCCCUACCAACAACAAGGUGUGCAACAAUAUCAGCAAUACCCAUCACAUGCUCAAGGGCAAACCCAGCCUCAAGUGUAUACCCAACCUCAGCCCCAGGCUCAACCACAAUCUUUUCCCCAGGUGCAACCUCAACCAACUGCCCAAUCUCAGCCUCAAGCCCUGGCUCAACCACAAGUGCAAGUGCAACCCCAUCUACCCAUUCAACCCUCAACAACACAACAUCAGAACCAAAAUCAAACCAACCAACAACAAUUACUUCAGCCUCAUGUACAAUCACAUGCACAAGUUCUACCGCAUUCUUAUCCACCCUCUCUAGGUCAGCCACCUCAGACCUACCCAGUGCAGCCACAUCCACAAGGACUGCAACACGUGCAGGUCCCUCCUUACCAACAGCCUUCUGCACAAAUGCCUAAUGCACAGCCUCCUCUGGCCUUACCACAUCAAAAUUCACACCUUCAACCACAACCUAGUGUGCACCCUCCUCAGCCUAGCCAGCCUGUUGUUCCCAUUGCCCAGCAUCAGAACCCACUUCAAGCACCUCAUGCACUCACAGGGCACCAAUCCUACCCACAAAUUCAACACCAAACCCCUGUGGGAUCUGUGGCAAGUGGGUCUUUCCCUUCUGUCCACACCCAAAAUCAGGCUAUGCAGCAACAGCCUAUGAUGCGCCCUCCGCCGGCUCCUAGUUCAAAUCAACAACAUGGUAUGCUGCCUCCUCAAGGUCAAUUCGUUUCUCACCAAUCCCUGCAUCACUCCAACAGUCAAUAUCCAAGCCUUCCAGUUCAAUCACAUCUUCCUCAGGCAACACAACAACCGGUGUCUCAGCAGUAUCCACAGCACCCAUUUUCUGGUCCAUAUCCAAGUCAGUCACAGCAGCACGGUCCAUCCUUGCAACAACAACCGUCUCACAUACAUCAUUCAGGUCCUCAGCAUAUGGCACUUCAAACUUCUCAUGCCCCUGUCCAGUCACAUCCAAAUGCCGCCUUAGGUCCCGGUCCCGUUCCUGGUAUGAAUCCUCAACCGCCUCAAAAUUAUUUUGGAAGAGCAGUGCCUCUUGCACCUAGCGGAUCUGGUGCUGCACCUCCAGUUCUUACUGUGCCGCAUGGCUUAAACCAAUUGCAAGUUUCCAUAGAUCAAAAGAAAUCUGUAGCACUCGAGGGGCAAGUUGUUCCCUCAUCUGCAAAGCCUGAACACACUGCAGAAGCCACAAUAAUAUCCCGAAACAAUGCUGACAAGGAUUCCAGUGUUAUUGGAACUGAAUCCUUUGAAACUAAGGCUGCAAAACUGGAAACAGGCCCUGGCAGCGAACAAGGUUCCAUGAAGGAGUGCGCUAAAAGUGAUCAAGCUGAUAAAGGAAAUUCUAAUGACCCUGUACUGAUGCAAACUGUUAAGGAAGAACGUAGUGAGAAUGCUUUGGCGCAGUCAUCUGGUGCAAAAUCAGCUGAUACUGAAGGCGUGAUAGAGAGAGCCUCAUCUGGUAGAGUGCCUGAUCAUUUUCAUCAACAUAGAAGUUUUGAAGUACAGUCCAACACUUCUAAGGGAUUCCCUUCAAGUGCUUUACCUUUUGGCUCAGUUGGAAUUCGAGAUGGUAUGGGAGGAGCACAACCAUCUGGACCUGAAGGUCACUUUGUUCCACAUCAUGCCCCUGUAAAUGUUUCUGAAAAUCACUUUGGGCAGCAGCAUCCUGCUAAUAGGUUGGAAGCUGAAAUGUUUCAUAAAAGAAGAAUGAGUGGCUUUGAUAGAGGCCUUCCGCAUCACAAGGAAUCUUCUCAUGGUGAGAGGUUGAAAAUGUCAGUUCCGGAUCACUCGGGAACUUUGUCAGCAGAACCUCAUUGGCCACAUGAUCAAGCUGGACUGGGUCCAUUUGACAAAGGGCCGGGUGGCUUUGGCUAUGAUGGUAAUGCUGUUGCACCAUCAAGGUUAUUACCCUCAUAUCGCCCUCCUGGUGCUCCGUACAUUAAUGAUGGUGCAGAGAGAGUAGUUCGACAUAGUCUUCUUAAUGGAGAGAGAAGAAAUGCUGAUUUUCAACAUAGGCAUACCGAUUUUCCGGGACCAGGAUUUGGUCGUGGGCACAUGGAUCACUUUGCUCCUAGAAGUCCUCCUAGAGAGUAUUUUGGCAUGCCGCCCCGUGGGUAUCUUCCUCAUGGUCAUGCCGGUUUUGAUGAUAUGGAUGGCAGAGGACCACAUAUGUUUCCCGGAGGGUCUAGACCUUUCAGACAUCCUUCUAAUCCAGUCAGGGACUCAUUUCCCGAUGACAGGUUCCUUCCUCUGCAUCGUCACCCACGGGGAGACUUGGUUGAUGAUCAUAUUCGAGCUGGUCAUCCACACAACUUCAGAGGUGAAGUAUUUGGGAAUGAUCUACCUAAUCAUUUAAGAGGGGCUGAUCCUUUGGGGCGCCGCAAUAUGCAUGCUGGAGAGCCUGUUGGUUUUGGUCCAUUUGCAGGGCCUGGAAGUUUGCCUCGUAUACCUUUUGGUGAAUCAUUUGGAGGAAACAAGACAGCUUUUCCACGACCUGGGGAGCCUGGUUUUAGGAGCAGAUAUUCCCUACAAGGAGUCUCUAAUGAACGAACACAUAUGGAAAGGUGAUGGUGAGCCCUUUGAAAGAUCAAGGAAUAUGAUUUCUUUGAGCAUGGGCUGGUGCCGCAUUUGCAAGGUUGAUUGUGAAACCGUGGAUGGCCUGGAUAUGCAUUCACAAACAAGAGAGCACCAAAAUAUGGCUAUGGAUAUGGUUAGAAGUAUCAAGGAGCAAAACAAAAAGAGACAAAAGAGUCAUGCAGCAGUUGAAGAUGGAGGGAAGAUAAAAAAUGAUGCUUCUGAGGGCGUUGCUAUCAAACCUUGAAUCUAACGGCUUGUUGCAAGGAUUUUAAGUUUUCAUUUCAGGUUGCUGCCCUCUCUCAGGCUUUCAGGAGACGGUGUUGGAAAAUUGGAAGUCAAGUCCUGUGGCAGUUAAGUUUGUCUUGUUUACAGCUUUGAGAUCCUUUCUUAUGUUGGGCAAAUUUUGGCAGUUUAUUAAUGAUGACUAGUUAAGCUGUACUGCCCUUUUGCUGAUGGGAUUCGAGAUCAUAUUAUGAGACAAUGUGUUUAUUUUAUAUAAGUUUUUCUAGAUGAAUUUUGAAGAGUGAAAAUUACUGUGCUACAGCCAAGCUGGUCGUAUUUGCGGACCAAUGUACCCUAUUGGUCUAUUCACAAAAGGAGAUGGGAAAAAGUUUAGUUGGAUGCCAAAAUCUUUUCGAUUGAACCUGCCUUUUUUUGGGCGACGCUGAAAAGAGGAAGGAUGCUUUCCACAGAGAAAACUGACAUUUUUUGUUUGGUGGUAAGGAGAAAAAAUGCAAACAGGAGGCAGUUUAAAAUGGGACAGAGGGAGUAACAUUGUACAAUCAUUUCAAUUCAAGAGUAUUUUUUAUAUUGAUAAAACGUCAAUAAGAACUUUUGAAGUCU